AUGGCUCCCAAGAGUCUCCUUGGUUUGGGCUUAUCCCUUCUGCUUCUUCUUCAAGGAGCUGUUUCAGUUGAUUAUGGAUCAGCCCUCACCAAAUCUAUAUUGUAUUUUGAAGCUCAAAGAUCAGGGAAGUUGCCUUCUAACCAGAGAGCUAAAUGGCGAGGAGACUCUGCCUUGAAGGAUGGCGGUGAUGCUGGGGUUGAUCUAGUGGGAGGAUACUAUGAUGCUGGAGACAACGUGAAGUUUGGAUUUCCCCAAGCAUUUACAGUGACGAUGCUUUCAUGGAGUGUUAUCGACUUCGGGUCACAGCUAUCAGCCAAGAAGGAACUGGACAAUGCUCUUGCUGCCAUUAAAUGGGGGACAGACUACUUCAUAAAAGCUCACCCGCAGGCUAAUGUUCUAUACGGCCAAGUUGGAGAUGGUGAUGCAGACCAUGCAUGCUGGCAACGACCCGAAGACAUGACCACGCCUAGAACUUCUUACAAGAUCGAUGAGCAGCACCCGGGUUCGGAUCUUGCCGGAGAAACUGCGGCCGCAUUUGCUGCUGCAUCCAUUGCCUUUAGUAAAUCAGAUCCUGACUAUUCUUCCCAACUUUUAGGCCAUGCCAAGCAGUUAUUUGAUUUUGCAAACAGUCACCAAGGCAUGUACCAGAACAGCAUUCCACAAGCGCACUUCUACUCUAGCAGUGGAUUUCAGGAUGAACUGUUGUGGGCAGCUGCAUGGCUGUACCGCGCCACAAAUGAUAAAACCUACUCAGAUUAUCUUAGUAGUUCUGGAAACACAGGCGGCACCAGAACCAUGUUUUCUUGGGAUGACAAGUACUCUGGAGCCCAAGUCCUCGUCGCCAAGCUUAUUUUGGAGGGGAAAGCUCCAAACGAUGGUAACUGGGGAAACUACAAGAAUCAGGGAGAGCAGUUCAUUUGCAACGUAAUCCAGCAAGGAAGCAACAACGUCAAGAAAACUAAUGCAGGGGCAUUGUGGUGGGAUCCAUUCAACAAUCUUCAGUACACCACCUCGGCUUUAUUCCUCACAGCCUCCUACUCCGACUCCCUUUCUGCUGCCAAGGACAGCCUCAACUGCCCUGCUGGUUCCAUAUCUCCUGACGACCUCAUCUCAUUCGCCCGUUCACAGGUGGAUUACAUACUUGGGAAGAACCCUAAGGGUAUGAGUUACAUGGUGGGGUAUGGGUCGAGUUUUCCGCAGCAGGUUCAUCACAGAGGAGCAUCCAUUGUGUCGAUCCACGAGAAUGGGGCGCCAGUGACAUGCCAGGAAGGUUUUGAUAAGUGGUACAAUAGGCAGGCACCGAAUCCGAAUGUGCUGGAGGGGGCCAUUGUUGGUGGCCCAGAUCAGGGGGACAACUAUGGGGACUCUAGGUCUAAUUUCCAGCAGGCUGAAGCUGCCACUGCUAAUAGCGGACCCAUUGUUGGGGUUCUGGCCCGGCUCGCCUGA